AUGGCUUGGCCAUAUGGGUUUCCAAGCCUCACCGACGAGGAGAAGCUGCUGCGGCGCCAGACCCUCGACCUGUACGCCUGCAUCGCUCACUACUCAGCCCUUGCGCCGGCUCUCGUCUUCCUGGCAUAUCGCCUCCUGAAACGGGUCGCCUCCCAAGUUCAGUCCGCGUCCGGGUCGUCGAGCGAAGGACAAGGUCCUCGCUACAGCGCCGUGCCCAACUCUCCCACCAUCAAGGCCCAAUUGCAGAGUCCGGCGGGGAGGUUUGCCUCGCAAUGCCGCAAGGCUGCCUGGUGGCUGGGCCAUGAUGUCUGCUUUGCCGGCUCUCGCUGGGGCCAGAGGGAUGAAUGGCUCGUGGGAGCCGUCUGGACCGCCUGGCUGCUCGUGCUGUCCGUCAGAGGCACGGGGAACGACUACUUCCAUCUGACCAAGCGCUUUGGCGCCGUCGCCGUGUCCCAGUUGCCAAUCCAAUACCUCCUGGCCCUCAAGGCCUUGAACCCCGUCGCCAGCAUCUUUGCCUCGUCCCACGAGCACAUCAACCGCUACCACAGGCUUCUGGGGCGCAUCAUCUACGGCCUCGUGUGCCUUCACCUGCUGCUUUACAGUUCCUAUUUCGUCAGCCAAGGCAUCUGGCUCCGGCGCAUGCUUGACUUGGUCGUCUCCUGCGGCCUCGUCGCCUCGUUCGCAUAUCAUGGCCUCGCCGCCACCGCCUUGCGCAAAGCGAGGGAGUAUUCCUACAGACUCUUCUUCAUCACCCACCUCGCCGUGGCACUGCUCACGCCUGUCCUGCUCUUCUUCCACGCCUCGUCGGCCAGGCUCUACAUUGCCGAGGCCCUGGCCAUUUUCGCCCUCGACCUGGCCGCUCGACGAAUCACCACCAUCAGUGCCCCCUCCACGGUCGAGCUCAUUCCCGGAACGACUCUCGUCAAGGUCACGUCUUCCAUCCCCGCCCACAAGCUGGCUCGUUUCCGCGUCGCGCCCGGCUCACACAUAUACCUGAGUGUCCCGCCGCAAGCUCGCACCGCCGCCGUUCCGUCCUCCAAGUCCGCCAUCUUUGAUUACCUGUGCAACCCCUUCUCCGUCGCUGCCGUCGACGCCCAAGACGGCACCAUCUGCCUCGUCGCUCGCGUCAGGAACGGGCCCAUGACAAACCUUCUCUCCGCCUUCUCGUCCGCAACCUCCGCCCCCCAGCCGCCCUCGGACGCUCGCAACAUCACCCUCGGUAUCGAAGGCCCCUAUGGCACCAUGGCCACUCGGUACAACGACCUCGUGAACUGGGGUGCCACCAAGGUCCUCCUAGUGUCUGGCGGGGUGGGCGCGACGUUCACCCUGCCAAUCUACCAAGCGCUCCAGAGCGAGCUACCCUCCGCCAAGACGCAAUUCGUAUGGGCCAUCCGCAGCGCCGGCGACGCCACAUGGGCCGUGUCAAACGAAACCACCGGCCAGGGCCUCCUCCAGGAUCCCAAUGUCCAGAUCUACUUGACAGGAGACAUGGGCCUGGGGGAGGACGGCCCCGCCGCGCCAGCAGGCUCCGUGGAAAUGUCCAGCCUGCACCGGACGAACGGGCAGUUGACGGCAAAUCACAACAAGAAGCGGCCCAACAUCGAAAAGAUUGUAGACGACACGUUCCGAGGGAGCUCGGACGAGUCCGUCGCAGUCCUGGUCUGCGGGCCCGUCGAGAUGGCCAGAGAGCUUCAGCAAAGAGUCGGGCCGUGGGUCAUGAAGGGCCGAAGGGUCUGGUGGCACAACGAGACUUUUGGCUGGUGA